AUGAAAAUAUCAGGGCGUCAGGCGGUCGCCAUACGCCACGCGCGGGAAAGGGAAGGGAGCCAGGGCGGGCACGCGGGAAAGGGAAAUGACCUAAGGCGGGAAAUUGCUCCGACGCGGGACUUCUCCCGCCAUCAGAGGUCCCGCUCAUCCUCCCGCGCCGCUCGGAGCUGCUCGUCCUCCCUCGCCGCUCAGAGCAGCGCGUCCUCCCGCGCCUGUGCGUCUGUCCGCACGGACCCAGGAGGGCCACGACGACCUGCUUCCUCGAACCAGAUGGCUUCACCGGUGCCCAGCGCCGCGCAGCGAGAAGCCAUGGAUUCAUCAGCGCCCAGCCCCGCUCAGCCCUCCACUGGACAAGCAUAUGAUCCCAAGAAUGAUCCAGCCCGGAAGCCGCAAAAGUCAAAAGAUCCAGCGUGGAGGUUUGGCUAUUGGCCGAACCUUCAAAACAGAGAUGAGGUGGCAUGCACCUUAUGUGGCGGCCAUGUUCGUGGAGGGAUUAAAAGGUUGAAGCAACAUUUAGCAGGAGGUUAUGGAGAUGCAAAACUCUGUCCAAGUGUGAGCACUGAAGUUAGGAAGGAGAUGGCAACUUACUUGGAAGCAAACAAGAGGAAAAGAUCAUUGACUUUAGAUGACGAGGUGGUGGAGGUGGCAGCAAAUGAGGCUCCUGCAAAUGCUACUGCUGCUGCAGUACAUCCUAGUUCAGGGACAGCAGCAAAAAAGAGGCAAUCAUCCUUACAAUUCAUAGUUGUUGGCAACAAGACUAAACCAGAGGCAAAGGCAAACAAAUUUGUAGCUGAGAUGCUUCAAAAAACACCAGAAGAGAUAGUAGAUGAGAGACUUUCAGGGUCUAAUCAGCCCACAAUUGUGUCCAGUACAAAAACCAAGGAAGAGAAGCAUUAUGUGGAUACACAAUGGUCAUUGUUCUUCUAUGAAUGUGGCAUACCUUUUAAUGCAGCAGCAGCAAGGCAAUUUCAGAUUGCAGUUGAGGCCACAACACAAUAUGGUUCAGGGUACAAGCCUCCAACACCAUAUCAACUUGGGGAUCCAUUACUUGAAGAAGCUGUGAAGUCAACAAGUACCAUGAGAGAGGAACAUGAGAGAGCAUGGAAACAUUAUGGCUGCACACUCAUGUCUGAUGGAUGGUCUGAUAGGAGGGGACGUCACUUGAUUAACUUUCUUGUAAACAGCCUGGAGGGUACUUACUUCUUGGAGUCAAUUGAUGCAUCAAGUGAAGUACAUGAUGCAUACAUGCUUGCUGGUUUGCUAGAGAAGAAGGUUGAGGAGAUUGGAAAAGACAAGGUUGUUCAAGUUAUCACAUAUAAUGGUGCUAACUUUAAGGCUGCAGGGAAGCUUCUCAUUGAGAGGAUUCCUACAAUAUUUUGGAGUCCAUGUGCUGCCCACUGUUUGGAUCUCAUGUUAGAAGAUAUAGGGAAUUUGCCAGAAUUCAAGAAAUCUAUUACACGUGCAAGGCGUGUGACAACUUUCAUUUAUAGGCAUGCUCUAAUGAACCAUGCUAAGGAGAGGAUCCAUCAAAGCUUUGCCAUAGAAAGCAAGAGAUCUUUGCUCAGGAGGAUAAUGAAAAUAAUUGAGCAACGUUGGGAGAAACAAAUGGAUCAUCCAUUGUAUGGGGCUGCAAUGUACUUGAACCCAGGGAAGCUACAUCCUUUACUAAAAAAGGAUGAUGAUGAAAUUGUUGGACAGCUAAGGGGUUGCUUCCUUGAUGUGCUUGCAAGAAUGGUGGAGGAUGAAGAAACUAGAGCCAAGAUCAAUGCUCAAGCCAUGGAUUAUGAAUAUCUUAGAGGAGAAGCUUUUUCAAAUAAGAUGGACAAACAAAACCUUGAGUCAUUGAGUCCACUUGAUUGGAGGUGUUCCUAUGGUGGCCGUGCUAUUGAGCUGCAAAGAUUUGCAAGGCGUGUGGUUAGUCUUUGUGCUUCAUCAUCAGGCUGUGAGCAAAAUUGGAGCAAAUUUGAAUCUGGGAAAAACUUUGAUCCUUUGGUUAUUGAGGACUUUAAUUGGAACAAUGAGUGGGCUGACUCAUUGCAUGUAACCCCUCAAGGUGCUCGGGGAUGUGAGUGUGACCUUACUUGGAACCUUGUUGAUGAAGCUGUUGGAGCAUCACAAUCACUUCAAGGCCGAAACUUUCCAAGAGCAACCCACAGGCGUGGAAGAAAUUCUGCUGUGAAUGAAGAUGAGUUGGGUCCAGAGAACGACAAUGAAGAAAAUCCAGAUCCAUUUGAUGAUGCAGAUGUGACAGAUUGUGAGGAUGAUCCAAAUGAUGCCAAUGAAACUGGAGAAGACAAUGAGGCAGCCAACAUUGCUGGAGAGUUUGAUGAUGGCUAUUGA